UAGAAAUGUCAAUGAUGGCGAAUCAAUCUUUUUCAAACUACUAAAAUCAGUGAUAUUUAUUAUUUCUAAUAGAAUUUUCGUGCAAAGCUGUAAAUUUAGAAGAAAUAAAGCAACUUAAGCAUUGGCUAACAGUGACACCAAAAGUAUUGGACACGGAUAUUUUUGCAAAAGAUUAUUUCACCAAGCUGCAUUAUUAUGACAUUUGCUCAAUUACUGUACCAAAACGAUCUGUGGAUAUCAAUCCGCCGUUUUACAGAAACACUAUAGUUCAAAGUUGCACAUCCAACGUGUGUGCGUUGUAGACUGACAAUUGCAUUGGAAAUAUAAAUCUUGCCUCUACACAAUACAAUCAAUGCAAGGCUGAGUGGUACUCGGGCACGGUUCACUUCUGUAUAAGCACAUAAAACCCUUCAAAAAUGCUAUAAAUCAUUAAACGGAAAAUAAUUAUAUUUUGCUUUGGGUUUAUAAAAUCCAAGCUCUUGCCUACACUUUAUCCGCUAAAAGAAUUCGUGCUACAAAUUGCUUUCGCAGGAAAAGCUUACCGUGACUCAAAAGACAUAGUAAAAUUUAUUUAAAACUUAUUUUGCCACUGAGGUCAUAAUGCUUUGAAAUAACGUAUAAGAAUAUGUUUUAAAAAUAUGCGUUUAACUUAAUGUAGUCACAUAGGAAGUUGUUAGUUAUUUUCAACUUUUCCACGUUGGGGGCCUAGUUUGGAGAGCUCUUCAACAACGCUGAAAGCAACAAAUCAUAGCCCACUUCAAAUGUAUGAAGUAUCCCAAGAAUAUAACAAGAAUAACUAAAAGUUAUAUCGAUGUAUUCGAAAUGCAAACUAUAUUUUUGAACAAGAAUUCUGUAGAAUAAUUUUUGCUCGAUUUUAUAGCAUUGUAUUAUUGCUUAGCCUAUCGACAUAAUCAAGAUAUUGGAGGGCUUUAGAUGUACAUAUGUACAUGAUGAGAAGUGUUUUACUCCAGUCAAAAUGCUUCAAUAUAUAUGGCAAUCAAAUCACUGGGUUAUUUUUAACAAUAUCCAACAUGAAUUAAUUUUACCGUAUGUAGUAUUGUAUGUAUGUUUCUAUGUAGGCACGAUUGCAUACCUAUUUCAAACAAUUUAGAAUGCUUUGAAUCUCGAAAAGUUUUUUUUACUAAAUCGUAAUCCUAUUACAUGAAAAUCUAAGUUAGAGCAUUAUGUCUUAUACCAGAGGCCCUAGUUAUAACAAUAAACCUAAUUGUUUGUGGAAAUGUUUUAUUCAUAAUUUUACUUUAACUAAUUUAGUUAAAUGCGAUUUGUAAGACUUUUACGUGCUCGUUUAUGAAACACAGCUCAGCGAGAAUGUGCAUCACGUAAACGAAUAUUUUCUGCUUUGCUUUUUGUUCAUUAACAUUUUUGACAUUUGGCACAUAAGUCAAUCGAUAAUUUUUCUGCUCGGUCGAUAUUUUCAUUUCUUUCUUGAGUCAAGAGACAAUAAAAAAGUGAUAGAAAAGUAAUUUUCGGUAGAAUUUGCAUAAAAAAUUACUUUAAUUGCGCGAGACCGUAAUAAUACAAAACGUAAAUGCAUAAAAUAAAUAAUAAAGCAAGUUGAGGAGUGUAAGAAAGCAAGCAAAAGCUUAAGGUGUAGAAGGAGGAGCGGAGUAUACUGCGCGACAUUGAAGUUCCAUAACUGCUGCAACUGGCGCUGUCGCUGCGCUGCUGUUUGUGUGUCUAGACGUGGAAGAGCGACGAGGGAGCACAAGGAAGAGGGUGAAAGACAUUGUGAGACACGCACAGCCGCGGAGGCGAGGAAAGGAGGCAUAGAAGUAGAAGCGGACAAUUGCGAUCCUUAUCGCUAUUUCAACAUGGUCAGCACAAAUCUAGUGGUGCCGGUGGUUCUUUGGGGCCCGUCGGCACCUACGCACUGCGUAUCCAGUGUAUUCCUAUCAGAUGAUCAAUCGACACUCGUCACCGGCUGCUACGAUGGACAGAUCUGUUUGUGGCAGGUUGACCCGAUUACCAUGAAAAUGUCCCCACGUUGUCUGCUAGUUGGACAUUCGGCACCGGUAUUGUGUCUAGUGCGUGCCUCCAUACUACCUGAUAAUAAUUUUCUAGUUAGUUCAUCAGAGAAUGGUGAAAUGUGCACAUGGGAUCUUAUUGAUGGAAAAUGCAUGGAAUCGGUAAAGUUGCCGCAGGUGCACACACAAAUCCAAAGCUACCACCCAGCUAAUAGUGAAGAUGUACGCCUCUUUUGUAUUGGCUAUUACCCGGAAAUAAUCGUAAUGGACCCCUUUAGUCUUGAAAUAAUAUACCAGUUGAGUUCAAAAGUAAAGCCCGACUGGAUAUCGGCUCUUCAUGUCUUACGCCCAAUGAAACGCAAAGACGAUGUCGUCUUAGCCAUUACCACCACUGGCACGGUAAAAGUGUGGACACUCAUCGGCAAUGAGAAUAAACAUGCCGAACCCAUCUACGAGAAUGAGUCGAAGGAAAUACGUUGUCUGAACGCCAUAACAAUGAAUUGUUGUGCACAAAACCAGCGCACAGUACUUAUUGUCUGCACGAAGUACUGGCAGAUCUAUGACGCAGGAGAUUUCACCGUAUUGUGCUCAGUAAUUGCUCCAACACGUGAACGUUGGCAAGGUGGCGAUUUCAUCACUUCAGAUCGUGUCAUCUUGUGGACCGACGAAGGCAAAGGCUAUAUUUAUAAGUUGCCUGCCAAUUGUAUUCCCGACAACAAAGAGUUCCAUGCCAAAUCUGUGGUGCGUGAUGCACCCUAUUUAUACUAUGUGUUACAGCAACCGGGCGACAAGGUGCUGUCAUGUCCACCCGCAAUGAAAUUGUUACGGUAUCAACGUGAAGAGAGCAAGGUGCAACACUAUUUGCUGCGUGGCGAUUCUGAAGGGUAUAUUUCAGUAUGGACGGUGCCAGAGGUGCCAUUGGAUAAUAUUAGUAUAUUGCAAGCAAAACAAAUGCCAGCUAGAGUGCUUAAGCCCACUGUCUGUACAUCGUUAGUAGAGGCCUGGUCGAUCAUGGAUCCACCACCCGUUGGAAUACUAGAUCAAUUAUCGCGUAUCACUGAUACUCCAGUGAAACUCACCUCGAGCAUAUACUUACCACAACAAAGUCGGUUAGUAAUUGGACGUGAAGACGGCACCAUAGUCAUUGUUCCGGCCACCCAAACGGUAAUGAUGCAGCUGUUGAUCGGCAUCAAGCAGAACUUCAGUGAUUGGCCUUCACACCAAAUCCUCUACGGUCAUCGCGGACGCGUCAACUGUCUGCUAUGCCCAUCAUUGGUACAUCCACGCUACGAGAAGUCACACUUACUGUCGGGCGGUGUCGAUUUUGCUGUUUGUUUGUGGGACUUGUAUAGCGGUAGUAUGUUACAUCGCUUUUGUGUGCACGCCGGUGAGAUAACGCAGUUGUUGGUGCCGCCGGAGACUUGUAGUAACCGUAUACUGAAGUGUAUCUGUUCUGUCGCUUCGGACCAUUCGGUCACACUGUUGAGCUUGCAGGAGCGCAAAUGUGUCACGCUUGCGAGUCGUCAUCUUUUUCCGGUAAUUUCCAUUAAAUGGCGUCCACUGGACGAUUUUCUCAUAGUUGGCUGCUCGGACGGCUCUGUAUAUGUGUGGCAAAUGGAAACAGGUCACUUGGAUCGAGUACUACAUGGUAUGCUGGCAGAAGAAGUGCUUCUAGCAUGCGAUGAGCAAUCUGCAGAUGAUACUAAUGGCGGACACAGCGGUUCAGCUGCGGCCACUUCAGAAAUGGGAAUGGCUAAUCCGGCGGUACACUUUUUCCGUGGCAUCAAAUCAAGAAACAUGAACGCCAUAAGGCAUGCUACUCAACGCGGAAUACAUCAGCUGCAACAACUGCAAGGUCACAAUCAAGGCAACUUUGAUUUCUUAAUGAAGCAUCGCAGUAAUCCGCUAGUGAUUCAAGGGCUACGCACCAAUCCCAAAGAUGCUGAAAGUCAUAUAUUAUUCUUUGACAUAGAAGGACUAAUAUUCGAAUUGCACAGCGAAGAAUACGCCCAAAUGACCCCUGCUGCCUUGGAAGCGCUUGGCGUGCUGUUGAAUAACCCGAAAGAUAAGGCGGUGCAUUUGGAUGCAUCGAAAAAGAUUAGCGACUUUUUUGGCAAGGUGAAAAACAAAGCUGGCGAUAUGGAGAAGAUGUUGAAGGACAAGGAUAAGCAUGGCUUAGUGCAGAAAUUCAAAGAGAAAACUGAGCAAAUGGAGAAAAAGGUGCAAGCGAAGGUGGAAAGUUUUCAGAAAGUCGUGGAGACCCAGGAACAGCCAGAUGAUUUGCGUAGCAAAAUUGCAUCGAAGAUGGAGGUGACUCAUGUGAUGGAGGUGGGACAGCUCCUACUAUCACUGCUACAUUCAUGGGGUCUAGAUCCUCAUUUGGACAAGGUGUGCGAGUCACAACUGGGCCUUCUACGUCCAAUCGUACCAGUCUCAUUUGGCGUACUCUCCAAGGCGGGAUACAUGUCAUUACUCUUGCCCACUUGGCAAAACAAUUACCAAAUACCGGACAAUAUACCACCCACACCCAGCAGCUCGAAGAAGCGCGACAUACCGCCCGAAUUACUACGUCAAGAACAGUUAACUGCUGUGUUUACAUCACGUUUGCAUUGGGAAUUGAGCACGACGUUGACAUCGAACCACAUACUAGCGCUUGUGGCCAUGUCGAAUACGUUGAUGUCAAUGAGCGCCGCAUCCUUCCUACCCGACAGCGAAAAGAGUAAGAAACUGCAGCGGCUGGCCCAACGCACCGAAUCAACGCUUAGCAACGAAGAGGAACGUGAGGAGCUUUUGGCACACCAUACAUCGCAAAUCAAACAAGGCUGGAGCUUACUCUCUACUCACCAUUGCUUCCUUCUACCCGACAAGAUCGAGGCUUUGGAGCCGCGUAAAUUCAAACGUCCACAAGUGGAGGCCAUGGCCAAACGCUGGCAGCACCAUUGUAUUGAAAUACGCGAGGCUGCACAACAGAUUCUGCUCGGCGAAUUGACGCGCAUGGGCAAGAAGGGUCGUAAACAACUAGUCGAUAGUUGGGCACAGUAUUUGCCGCUCUACACGCACACCGAACCUAUCGUACAGCCCCAGGUGCUAGCGGCGGCACAAGGCAGUGCUGGUAACGGUACAAAUGGUCAUAGCAUUGCAGGCGACAAUCAAGAAGAGGACUACGAGGAAGAGGAGGAGGAAAUUAUACGCAAGCCAUCCAGUUUGUCUGAGUUGAAACGCAAGCAGACGACGGCAGUCAUUCUCUUGGGCGUAAUCGGCGCAGAAUUCGGGCAGGACAUCUCACAGGAUUCACCACAGCGCCCUACGACAGAAAGACGAAAGUCAUCAGUAGCGGAAGGUUUCGGGAUAGCCAAUAACUUGGCGCGCUUAACAUCGAUGGCAUUGGCGCAUUUGCUCUACGCACCGCCCUCUCAAAAAUUACCAAAGUAUACGCCACUAAGGCGCGCUGCAAUCGAUUUACUCGGCCGCGGCUUUACCGUCUGGGAGCCAUAUUUGGACGUGAGCAAGGUGUUACUCGGUUUAUUGGAAAUCGCUUGCGCCGGCAAAUCGGUGCCCAAUCUAAACUACAAACUACCGCUCACACCACAAGCAGACGCUUGUCGUACCGCGCGACAUGCGUUACGACUUAUCGCGACUGCAAGGCCCGCCGCCUUCAUCACAACCAUGGCACGUGAGGUGGCGCGUUACAACACCAUGCAGCAGAACGCGCAGUCCAUUAACCAACCACUCACGCAAUCGGUGCUCUUCAAGGCCAAAGCGGAAAUUCUAUUGUGCGUUGAGAUGCUCAUAGAUAAAAUGCAAGCGGAAAUCGCCAGUCUGCUGGUAGAGGUGAUGGACAUCACAUUACACUGUGUCGACAAUAAUGAACUGAAAGCACGCGGCUUAGCCGAGGUGUGCCCCUCAAUAUGCAAAUUCAAUCAGAUAUCACAUUGUGCGCAAUCCCGACGAAUCGCCGUUGGCGCGCACAACGGUCAUUUGGCAAUCUACGAAUUGCGCCAAAAUAAAUGUCAAAUGAUACCGGCGCACACACACCCCAUAACAUCGUUGGCCUUCUCGCCGGACGGCAAAUUCCUCGUUUCCUAUUCGUGCAGCGAAAACAGGCUGUCCUUCUGGCAAACGAGUACCGGCAUGUUCGGCCUGGGCAAUUCCCAAACACGUUGCACCAAAGGCUACUCAACAGCGCCCAUACCCGAUGUGUCGCGACUCAAUCCGAUGCGGCUAGCCAAGCUGGUGUGGAUCAACAAUCGCACCGUUACGCUAAUGCUGGCCGAUGGUUCAGAGACGCGCUUCAACGUGUAGACUGUGCACCAGAGACAGGGAGGGGCUGGAAACUAUACGGACGACAGCGUUGCAGUUCAAGCUGUACUAGCAUCUAGGCAGUUAACAUUUAGGGAUUUUUAGGCGCUUCUAUUGUGCAUAUAGCUAUUGUGACGGCUGGACAGGCGGGCGAACAGUUGUGGUGUGGGACGGGCAGGAGAAUAGAAACAGUAUUUUAUUAUCGGUGUGCAUUUUUCCAAUAUCUAUUUAUUUUGUUUUCGUUUUAAGUGUACGGCAAAGUUUAACUUAAUGCGCUUAACGGUUCCUAAAAUUGCUGAAAGCAAAACGGUAAGCGCUUCAAAAGUGUUCUAACAGUUUUCAAUAUAAUCACAGUUAGUCAUUGGGAUUUAAUGAAAUCCUAACGCAGUUAGUAAAAGUUUGGAAAAAAGAGAUUCUGAAAAACAUUUAUCAACGUUUUGUUUUUUUGAUUUCGUUUUUUUUUUUUCCUAUUUUAAGAAUCGAACUGUGGACUAAAGAAAAUUGCUUUUAUAAAUGUUUAUCUUAUUUUUUACCAAAUACACGUCUGAAGAAUUGGCAUUCAACGCUGUUGAGAGCAACUGCGCAAAUUUCCCUUUGAAAAACACUGUUCGCCCGUACGAGGUGUUGGUGGAGGAGUAGAAAUUGGAGCAGGAGGGUGUAUGGCGUUUGUGUUGCAUUUGUAGUUGGCGGAGAAUCCAAACAUAAAUCGAUGUAUUCAUAGUAGAAAGCUAAUGGCGGUACGCACAUUUGCAUUAUGUACACAUCCAUACAAACACACACAUAAAUAAACAUACAUAUGUUGGUUGCAUUGCCGUACUACAUAGAGGAAAAUAUUAUAAAUAUGAAAAAGAAAACUAUAAAAUUUACGAAAACUGCAGCAAGUGCAAAUGCGAAAUGUAUUUAAAGGAAAAUUAACUAUCAAUUAUGAUUAUUAUAAAAUGAAAUAAUCUAAACUACAUACCUACCUACAAACAUACAUAAAUGAAAUGAAAUGAAGGAAACAAAGCAAAACGAUACUAGUUAAAAGGAAACAUGAAACAAAAAAUAUGUAAAUGCUGUUAUUAAUAUUUGUUAAAACUGUUAUAUUAUAUUUACAAACAUACAUACAUAUAAACAUACAUGCAUAGUAAUGAAAUUUAUUUUGCUCUUUUGUAAAAUUUAUUUCCCAAAUGUUUUACUGUGUUAAUUUUGCGAAAAUUAAGGGAAUAUACUACACGUAUACAUACAUAUACUGGCAUAUAGUAUCUGUGAGGAAUUUUAUGUGUUGGAAAUUAAGAAGAUAAAAAAACGAUAAACGAAAAACAAGAAAUCUUUAGCAACUAAAACAAUAAACACUGUAUGUAACACUACUACACUUGCAAUUGAAGCAAUUAAUUAUAUUUGUGCAUACGUAUGCAUACUUAUAUUUAUAUAUAUACAUAUAUAAACUUAAAUUAAUGUUUUAAUGGAAAGUAUCCUGUUUUCCCCAAAUCCCCCCCCCCCCCAAAUAUAUGUGAAUUCGUUGGAGACAUUUAGGCGUCGUAUAAACAGCCGAUUGUAUAUAUCCAAAAGCGAUUGCCUCCUCCAUGGUUCACAUUUGAAAUUUACCUUACUUAUUACAUACUAUCGAGAAAAAAAA